AUGCAUUUCAUCCAACAAGAAUGUUAUUCUAUAACAUCUCGAAAGUCUAAUAAAGAACUCCUUAACCUUCCUGUAAUUUUUUCUUUUGUCCUUUGUUUUUCUAGCAAUGGCAUCCCAAGCACGGGAAAGAAAACCAAGGGAAAACAAAAGAUCGAUAUUAAAGUCAUCGAAAAUAAAGAUGACAAAUUGAUCACAUUUUCGAAACGACGAACUGGAAUCUACAAAAAGUUAAACCAGAUAGCCACACUGUGUGGUACCGACUUUCUUUUCAUUUGCUUCUCUCCUGCAGGUAAGCCGUUUUCGUUUGGUCAUCCCUCGAUCGAAUCUGUUGCUAACCGCUUUUUAAAUAAUAAUAUUGAGCCUGCCCCAGACAACACUGAAUCUCUUGUUGAGGCUCAACGAAGAGAAAGAAUAAAUCGGAUAAUUCAAAAUUAUAAUGAGGCGGUGAACCAACUAGAGGCGGCCAAAGAGAGAGCAAAGGCACUUGCUCAGGUUAAGCAGGCCGGCGGGAGUGAAGGUAAUCAUUGGUGGAUAGCUCCCAUCGAUCAACUCGACCCUCAAGAGCUACAACAACUUGAAUCCCGUCACGAAGAGUUUCUCAACCAGCUCUACAUUACAAGGAGCAAAGUGAUUGAAGCCAUGACUUCUUCAAUACCUACUCCAAGGGAUCCUCCAUCGACUUGA